ACAAAUAUAUAUGUUAUUAAAUUUGUCAAUAAAAAAAAAUUUUGCGCUUUCAAACCGCGGGUACUAUCCUAGUUUUCUGUAAAUCCCACCAUAUCUAAAAUCCACCAAACCAUUCUUACGGUGGGAUUUGCGCUUUCAAAUCUUUGAUCACUGCCAACUCACCGCUUAUCAAGACCUCCUCCUCAAGGGCGUUAUUUUCCCGCCAUCAUCGUUAACGCGAGUCUCAGUCGUCAGUUUCAGGUUGUAACUGAAAUCACGAAGAAGCUCCAAUGGCCGCCACAAGCAACGCCGUCGUGUUCAUCGUCAUACUUGCGAUCACCUUCUCUUCCUCCUCCGCAGUGACCGAGACGCAGGCCCCUUCUCCACCGGCUCUCACCUGUACGGAGGAGCUAGUCAUGUUCUCUCCAUGCCUUCCUUACGUCUCGGCUCCACCGAACAACAUCUCAGACGCGCCGGAUCCUCUUUGCUGCUCGGCUUUCUCCACAUCCGUUAAUUCCGGCGCCGGAAACUGCCUCUGUUAUCUUCUCCGGCAACCUAUGAUCCUUGGAUUCCCGUUGGAUAGAUCACGACUGCUUUCUCUUUCCCAGAUCUGUAGCGAUCUUAGCUCCGACGAAUCUUUCGAGUCUAUCUGCUCGCCAUCAGAGUCGCCGGAGCUUCCGCCGCUUCAGAGCAUUCAGUUCACAGCUCCUUUUGUUUACGGUGUUAGAGCUUCCGCAUCUUCUCCAUCGUUCGCCAUUUCACGGGAAGCCGCCGGAAUUUCACCAACCUCCGAUCAACCCUCACCAGAGACAGAUAGCUUAUCAUCAACACCAGAAUCCAUCAUAAACGGCUCCCCAAAGAUCACAAGCUUCUGCUUUCUCUCGACCAUCAUCAUGACGCUGCCCACUUCUAUCUUCACUCGUAUCUGAAGCAUUCCUCUUUCUUUCCUUUGCAAUCUCAAGUUCAUUAGUGGUGGGUGUCUCUUUAAAACCCAUACUUGAUCUCUUCCUUUUGGCUUUGUGAAUCGAACAAAGAUGAUAUAGACAUACCAUUGUUCUCAGAGUACUGUACAUUGUUUCCUUUUAGCUUUGUGAAUCGUGGAACAAGAACAUGUUUAGGUUGUUCUCUCAUAAGAAAGUCAUUUCAAAGUUUAACACAA